CAACAGAGUUCUUUUCGCUGUUAUGUUUUGUAUUUUUUAUAAAUAAAAAGGGAAAGCACCAAAAAUGAUGCCUAAACACGGAAGGGGGAAAACGUCGGAGGGCCGGCCGUUUCUUCUGACGGCCGAACACGUCUGAAUGUCUGCAGCACGCAUGCACGCUGAUCUGUUCUUUGACCUUUGACCUGCCCUCCAAGGUCUCGGUGCGCUGGAAGGAGGCAGAACAUCUUAGAAUGUUUUAUAGCAUCUCUCUAUAGCAUCUCAUGACAAAACGUCUCUCAUUUGAUAUUCCCCCACAAGGGUCAAACAACCAGUAGGUUCACCUAACAGUAGCUGUGAAAAUGUGGCACUCUUUCUUUCUCUCUCUCUUUCUCUCUCUCUCACUCUUUCACACUCUCUUUUGCUCUCUCUUUCUCUUUUAUAGAACAAACUGUACUGUGGUAAGAAAAAAAAGAAAUAAUUAAAAAAAGAGCUAAUAAAACAGACAGCUUACUGUUACAACCCCCCGUCCCUCCAGUUUACCCUCCGCCGUUCCUCUUUUCCUCCCUCUGCCUCUCUCCUUUCAGUCUCCCUGUCCCCCCAUCCCGGUAAUACACAUAUAACAAUCCACUGUAAUGCACUGCACUGUAUAUAAUAAUGUAAUAUGUAUGUUGUGAACGUCCCUCUGUAGAAGUGGUCCUUGUUCACCAGUAUGAAUAAUGUAAUAAUGUUUAAUGAUUAAUAAAUUAACAGAUUAAAGGGCUUCACUCUCCUAACCAUCUACAUUCACCUGGUAGCAAAAUGGCGUAUUUCCUUUUUAUUAUUUAUAUUUUUGGAAUAUAUUUUGUUGCAUGGAAUAGAAUAGAAUAUACUUUAGUGUCCUCCCUAGGAGAAAUUUGUCAAAUAAAGAAAUAAAACUGAACAGAACACCAAAGAUAUCGCACACCUUCCAGGCCUCAACAUGCUGUCUAUUUAAAUAAAGUGUCGAUUCAACAUUUUGAUGUCGACGGUUACCAAAGAGUAUUUAAAACAGGUCUGUUUAGUUUUUGAGUUUUUUUUUUUUCCGGUGAGAGAUUAUACUUAAACAUACUUCAGUUCAGGACAUCCAUAUUCUAUACCUGCUUACUCUUGCACAGACGUGGGUAAUGUCAAGAGGUCGUUAGUCGAGAGGUGGAGUAACCCCCGAACAAACCAAUCCAUCAUAGGGUCACACAGAACAAAAAAAACUAUGCAGCCCCACACACUCAUAGCUAAAGGAAAUUAAAAAUAACCAAUUCAUUUAAUAGUUUUGUUUUCAUGUUUUAAUUCAGAUCUGGUAAGUUCAGCUCAACAACGAACAGUAAUUAAAUGCAACUGGAUUCAUGCCAGUUUAAUGGAUUGCAAUGAAAUAAACCAAAUAAUUGGUUUAUUUAACGUUUUUUCAGUGCACCUCAGCUCGGCUAAUUUUGGUACAAAUUCUUGCAUUUUUACCAUAUUUUAUUCAGUUUAAGUCUAGAACAAUACAUUUUGAUACAGUUUGUUUUAGUUAUACACAUUCAACUCAAGUCAUAUUCAUUCAAGUAAACUGAAAUUUGAUUUAGUCCAGUGCAGUUAAAUUGAAUUGUAUUAAGUUUAUUUCAACUAAACUCUAGUCAAUUUGUUGUAAUUCCACAUUACAAAAAAAAAAAAAGAAAAAAAAACUGAAAAAUCUUUCAAUGGGCCUUUAAAGAAGGACAAAAAUCCUUUCUAGCUUUAACCAUCUCAAACAUUUCAAUACUCCAGUACAACAACAUUGUAUCCAACACAAUCAAAGAAUGUCCAACUUUUGCAAUUGUAAUCGUGCAUUUUGAGACACAUAGGAAUUCAUUUAAGAUAUUUUUAAAUAUAUUUUUUCACUUCAAAAGAGAAAAAGAAAAACACACAGGCAGCUUCACUUUUACUUUUGGAUGGAUAUGAUUCAAAAGAACUUAUCUCAGACCAUAAAGGAAACAUAAUAAAUCCCUUUUAAAAAAUCACCAAGGUGAACACUAGAAAGUUAUAUUAAAUCAACAAAUUAACAGUGAUAGACAAAGAUUAGGCUUCAUAUCACCUGCUGAACUUAGUGUUCAUCAGUCCAGAUAUCAACUUAAACAAAUCUACAACAGCACUAUUUACACAGGCAUUUUGUGUCUCGUUUGAGAAAAAAAUAAAGUACUCUCCAGCUCCUAAAUCAUGAGCAACAGCUGGACCAUGAGCAUAGCCCCCAUGUAAUCCAUCAGCUAAUAGUUUACAGUUCUGAUUUGCUGUUUCCAGUUCACUGGAAAGUGAUAAUUAUGACACUAAUGCUGAGCUCUCUGUGGUGACUCAGAGUCUGCAAACCUGAUAGUUGAGGGGAAGUUGAGAUGGAAAGAACCUUUUAGGAGGGAAACUGUCAUUGUAAAACAGCGUGUUGCCUCGCCUUGCUCUCCUGGUGCAAGAGGACAGGUAUUCCCCUGGAUGAAGGCGGUUGGUGUCGUUGGUGGACAACCAAACUCCUCAGAGGUCUAAGGAAUCGGUCUUCUUCUGGUACGCCAGGUCUGUGGUCUCAUACGGAUGUCAAUUUUACUUCAACUGUGACCAAUAAAUGUGUAUCUAAUACAGAAAUUAAACGCACUUUUACAGGAAAAUGGAAAACGGUGUACAAUACGUAAUAUUUCCUGGUGUUCUUGAAUGGCGCACCUGUCAAAAUUUCGUCCCUCGAAUAGGACACGCCUCCUCCAGAGGGGUGAAUGUACGACCUCAGGCCUGAUCGGCUCCUCAUUGAAGUUCUUGUUGUCACUUGAAGCAGAUCAUGUCCAGAGUGGAGGUGUUCAGGGACGCCAACCUUCGCUCUCUGCUGCGCGAGCUGCGUACUGACAUAGCGAUGGCGGUGGAUGACCCAUUUCCUAUUGUGUAUGGCUUGGCAGACAAAAACAUAAUCACAGAACAACAGCUGCAGGAUACUCUAAAGAAGGAAGGGAGCGAGGGGAUUCACAAAGCCAUGUACUCCCUUCUUUCAUGGCUGAUUGAGCAGAGCAGAUCAACUCUCCAGGCUUUCUGGAGCAACUUAUCCAAGGACUACAACAUGGACAGCUACCCCAAGCUAAAGGCACUUCUCGCUAACCUGAAUACCAGACCGGACGCUCCACGGUCCAAAGUUGAAAACAGAUCUUCUGGAGGAGUAAAGGCUUCUCACAGCAAGAAGAGGAGCCAUGAGGACAAGGUUCAGCAUUCCGAGUAUCAUGCGAAGACGAGCGAUGGAACAGUGAGUAAAGUCAAGUUGUACAGAGUGAAGAGUGAAGCGGGAGCACUGCAACUACCAUCUGGAAACAGUCUGCAGGUGGUAUCUUCCUCUGUUCAGAGAGGCGUAGGCCUUUCCUCUUCUUCAUCUUCGUCCUCUUCAGAUCUUCCAUUCAGCCAGGAUAAAAAAGAAAACAUACAAAUCAAACAGGAGCGUACUGUACUGGAUGGCUCCAUCAGAAAGUGCAUCAAAGGCGCUGAAGGUUUUCCCUCGUACAGUUUAGCAGAGAAGUCCCACGAAAAGUCUAAAUCUGCGAGUGCCAGGUUUAUCCACCAGGGGGAGGCAAACACAAUAAUAAUACACUCUAAUGACGAUGAGUGCGCAGUGUGUAAGGAUGGAGGGGAGCUGAUUUGCUGUGACGGCUGUCCUCGAGCUUUUCAUCUCGCCUGCCUCAACCCUCCACUCACUUCCAUACCGAGCGGCUCUUGGCAGUGUGAGUGGUGCUGUGGGCUUAGAGUGAAACAAGAAAAUGCUCUACAGCUUGUCCAGGUUCUCCCCACUCAGCCUCAGCAAACCAGCAUAAACACCGAUAACUCCAUCUUGGACAACUCUUUCUACCCCACUUUGUCAUCCUCCCUCACGAGUGUCACGGCCUCUGUCAAAGCAUCGAAUGGCAAAAACCAGUGCUCAGGUGGAGAGAUGGUUGCCGUGAGGGAGGUGUGUGGUGUUUGCCACCUUGGGGGAGAUCUGACUCACUGCCUUCAGUGUUUAAAGCAUUUCCAUGCACAUUGCCACUUUUCCAAGGGAAGAUCCGUCUGCCUGUCCUGUUCUAGGCCAUGGGGCAGCUCUGCAGAGAAAGAAACCGAGCCCAGAGGCAUGCAGCUUGCGCCUUCAGUCCAGAACUCAUUCAGUCAAGAUCAGAGCACUUCCUUCUCCGAACCAGUCAUCGAUAAGGACGAGCUGGACUCCAUCUUGGGAGAUCCGAACUCCAUUGACGGCCUGUUGCAGUGGGCCUUCCACAGCAUCUCCAGGCCUCUUCCAGACUCCCAGGGAUGCUACAAGUGAAACACAAUUAUGCACUCAGGGAUAUAGAAACAGGAAUGAUAAAUUGACCCCCGGGUAAUUGAAUUCAAACAGCAUAGUCACUCAUAAGUUACAGUCUCUCUCCCACUUUAAUUUGGAAAUAAAUGUUUUAUGAUUGGCAGUUUAAUUUUAAAUUGUCUCAUCAUUUUUUUCCCCUUCCCUCUUUUCUCUGUGUGUUUCUGUACUUGUGCCAAUAAUCUUUAAUUAUAUGACCUUUGAAAAAACUUUCAACUUUAACACAUUUUUGUCAUCUUACCACAAACCUGGAUGCAUUUCAGAAAGAUUUGAUGUGAUUGAGUAUUGCAGAGUCGUAAAGUGGAAGGAAAAUAUUUGGAAAGUGUCUCAGAUCAGACACUCCAAUUGGAUGGAGAGGACCUUGAAAAUACAUUUUCAAAAGUUUUCCAGAGUCCCAGUUUGAUUUAUUUGUGGUUUUCGACUAAGCCAUUUAAACACAUUAAAGUGCUUUGAUCUAAAACACUGUAUCUCUGGCUGCAUCUUUAAGUUUCUUGUGCUGCCGAAAGUUUUUUUUAUAACCUCUAACCCCCGAUCUUAUAUUGCCAUCGAGGGAUGGUGUGUUCAAGAUGAUGCAGUUUCAGUUUUUUCUUACACAUGGCAUUUUGCAAGGAUAAAAUAUUCAAGUUUGGUUUCAUUAAGUCUGAAGAUUGUGGCUUUUAUUGGACAAGACAUGACAAAAAAAAAAAAAAAAAAAAUCA